AUGCCGCCGUCUGCGAAAAAGAAAAGACGAAAGAAACCAACCAUGAACGACGACGAAAAUGGAAAACCAUACCGACUCGGACGUCACUCGGGUGAACAAGGUCCGCGUCCUCCGUCGAUUAACCAGAACAGAAUCGAAAAAUUGGCUAUUGGAAAGACAGGAACAACAGCAGGACAGAUAAUUACAAAUAAAACAACAGCAGUAGUAACACCAAAUGUCAAAAUUGGCCAACAACAGUGGAAGAUAACGAAAAACACAUUUAUAGUGGGUGCCUGGAACGUUCGAAGGUUAUGGGCAACAGGAAAGCUAGAAUUGCUAAGAAAUGAAAUGAAACGUUUCAAAUUCGAUGUCAUCGGGAUCUCUGGAGUACGCUGCACAGGAAAAUGA